AUGUGCAAGGCCCGGCUUGAAGCCCUGGGCUGGCCCAAGCCGGGCCCAAAUAGGCUGGGCCCAGCCCAGGCCUGGGCUUGGAUUCAGAAAAGCCUAAGCCAACGGCCCAAGCUGCGGCUUUGGUAUGACACCUUGUCACAUCAUAUUCACACAAGAAAGAAAGGAAAAUUCGUCUGCUAUGGGCACCGUGCUAUUGCUCUUGCACACGAACAUAACUGGGAUGCCAUGCUUGAAGAUACAAACCAGUUGCUGACGUGUGCUGGGCGUUUGCACAUGGUGUUCGUGGUGUUGGGAACAACAUGGUGGAGCUUGGACAUCAAUUUCAAGCAAUUCAGCAUGUGGGCCGCAGCUUGCAUGGGCCCAAGCCCCGGCUUUGGGCCGGCUUGGGCUCAUGGCUCAGGCUUGAAAUCUGGUGAGCCUAAGCCCCCCCCAGGCCGAGCCUAA